AAAUCAUCAUUUUGAAUUCAUUAACUGUUCUUUUGGGUCAAAGUGUCGCAUAAUUACCUACUUACAAUUGUGAAAGAAAUGAAAAUGAAAUUCGUUCAAAUCGCUGCAACGUUAUCGUUUUUAAUAUCCAGUUGCUGGGCUAUAGACAAGGCUUGGUGGAAGCACGAUCUCACAUAUGGUAUCUUCCUGAAAUCGUUCAUGGACAGCAAUGGAGAUGGAAUUGGAGAUUUCAAAGGAUUGAUUUCCAAACUGGAUUACAUCGCCGAUCUUGGAAUAAAAACUAUCUGGGUAACACCAUUCUACCCUUCACCGCAGAUUGAUGGAGGCUACGAUAUAUCUGAUUUUUGUGGAAUCAAUCCCAUUUAUGGUACGAUGGAAGAUUUCGAGGAAUUGAUGAAAGAAAUGAAAAAACGAGAUCUCAACUUCGUCAUGGAUUUGGUGAUUAAUCACAGCAGCGAUGAGCACGAAUGGUUUGAAAAAUCUGUAAAUAGAGUGGAGCCAUAUACGGACUACUAUUUAUGGGCUGAUCCGAAAGGGUACGAUAGCAAUGGAACUCCUAUUCCACCAAAUAAUUGGAAAAGUAUAUUCGACUUCAAAACACCCAGUUCAGGUUGGGUUUGGAAUGAAAAAAGGAAGCAAUUCUAUUUCCAUCAGUUCCUAGCGAAACAGCCAGACUUAAAUUUACGCAAUGAACAACUUAAAACUGAGCUCAAAAAUAUGAUGAAAUUUUGGCUGGACAAAGGCGUUGCUGCUUUUCGAUUAGACGCAGUGGGAUUCUUCAUGGAGGAUCCCUUACUUCGAGAAGACAUCGACACAGAAACACUCAUAAAAGUAGUAGCAGCAGAGUCAGAAAUGGAAACUCCGCGACUCCAUCAUCCGGAUACUUUCGAGUUCUUGCACGAAUUACGCACGUUUUUCAGACAGUACGACCUUGAAAAUAAGAGGCAACGUGAAACGGCUGGAUUUGGUGAAGUUUACACAGCAAUUAAUACCAAAAUGAGGUACUACGGAACGAAGAACGCCCCAGCGAUGCAUUAUCCUUACAAUUAUCUACUGACAUUGCUCAAAAAGUAUUUAGAUGCCGAUCAGAUGAUCCAAUUUUUGAACCAAUGGAUUAAAAAAUUACCCAAAGGAGCGACCUCGAAUUGGGCGUUGGGAAACCACGAUCACGGACGAAUUUUCUACUAUUUCAAUAAGGAAUAUAAUUCAAUCUUAUUGACCAUCGUUACCAUGUUACCUGGAGCUGCUUUAAUUUGGUACGGAGAAGAGACCAGUCAAGAACAGUUCGAUUUUUCACCAAACCCAAACAAGAAUCUGAUGGUUGAAAGGGAUCAUUUUCGUUUACCUAUGCAAUGGGACGAUUCAUUGAAUGCAGGUUUUACUUCCGGAGACAAACCAUGGGUACCAGUACAUCCCAGUUAUUAUAGGUCAAACGUCAAAGAACAAUUGACCAAUAAAAACAGUACACUGUACUACUUCAAAGAUCUAGUUUCCCUUCGAAAAACUGAAACCCUGAAAUUUGGUGAUUUAAAAAUGUACGCGAUAUCAAAAUGGGUGCUGGCAUUUACAAGAACAUUUCGUCAAUCGAAAUACGUUAUUGUAUUGAAUCUUGGCACCGAACCGCAUACUGCCAAUUUACACGCUGAAAUCGCUAAUUUACCAACAAGUCUAGAAGUGGUAGCUGCAAGUCCGAAUUCUGGAUUUAGCAAAGGAGAAAAAUUCAAUACGAUUGUACAUCAUCGAAACUUAUCGAUGCUGAGACCACAUUCCAGCAUAGUGCUGUCCACAUGAGAAUACCAAAAAUAUUGCCCCUUAAUGGCGAAAUGUUGAUGAUGCUAAUACUCAACACCAGUCCAGUCUGUAUAAAUGACUCAUAAAAAGUCCGACCAAUCAUAAAUUUAAAAGAAUAAUUAUAUUGUGCUAAAUUAUCUUAGUACUAUACAUAAUUUAAUGUAAUAAAGUUGGAACCUUAUAAUACUCAA